GGCUCUUGCCAGUCACAAUGGCGGGUUUCUUCUCCUCUCCGGUCCUGGUCUUCUCCUCCGCCAUCGCCUUAAGGACCAGCUUCUUCUUUUAUGGCCUCUGGCAAGACGCCAACUCGCCCAUGAAAUACACCGACAUUGAUUACUACGUCUUCACCGAUGCAGCUCGAUUUGUUUCCCGAGGAGGUUCACCCUAUGAGCGAGAAACAUAUCGAUACACACCAUUGUUAGCAUGGAUGCUCUUACCCACGACGUGGUCAGGCACGUUGUUUUCGUUUGGCAAGGUGCUUUUUGCAUUCAGUGAUAUUGUUGCCGGAUGGUUGAUUGUGCUGGUUCUCGUGAAUGGGAAGAAGAUGUCAAUGGAAAGAGCACUGAAGUUUGCCAGUAUCUGGCUCUUGAACCCGAUGGUUGCGACUAUCAGCACGAGAGGGAGCUCAGAGGGGUUACUGGGGGUGAUGGUCAUUGCUCUGCUAUGGGCAAUUACGCAAAAGAAGAUUGCUCUAGCAGGAGUUUUAUUAGGUCUCGGGGUUCAUUUCAAGAUUUAUCCUUUCAUCUACGCGCCAUCUAUUAUCUGGUGGUUGGACGAUGAACAUAUCGGGUCGCCCAACCCAGCACGAAAAGCUGGAGAAAGCAGGAGUCUGGUCACGAUCGCCAAGAACUUCCUCAAUGAGGCCCGGAUGGAUCUUACCGUCACAAGUCUCCUGACAUUUCUCCUCCUCAACACACUAAUGUAUACCAAAUACGACUUCCCCUUCAUCCAACACACCUACCUCCACCACGUAACCCGCAUCGACCACCGGCAUAACUUCUCCCCCUACAACACGCUCCUAUACCUCUCUUCCACCUCGCCCUCUACCCACACAGUAAAACUCGAAUCCCUAGCUUUCAUUCCGCAAUUAUUCCUCUCCGCCUUCGCUCUCCCUCUCCUGCUAGCAAAGAAAGAUUUACCCUCGACAAUGCUAGCGCAGACUUUUGCCUUUGUGACGUUCAAUAAAGUGUGUACAAGCCAGUAUUUCCUCUGGUACACAAUCCUCCUCCCCCUCUACCUCUCCAUAACCAGUUGCACACUCCUCUCCUCGCCCCGCACCGGCCUCUUAGCCCUCGCUCUCUGGGUGGCAGCCCAGGUCCUGUGGCUUCAGCAAGGUUUCCAGCUUGAGUUUUUAGGGAAGAGUACUUUUGUUCCUGGGCUAUGGGGCGCGGGGUUAGCGUUCUUUGCUGUCAAUUGCUGGAUUUUGGGGGUUGUGGUUAAGGAUAUCGGAAAUAUUGGGAAUACAGGUGGACAGGCGAAAGGAGUAGGUGAAAAGGUGACCAAGAGAGGGGAGGGGAAGGUUGUUCAAUAG